AUGCAUGAUGUCAGAAAGGAAAUGAAGGAUAUAUCCCAGAUUGAACGCUACAUUAACAGUCCAGAAGCUCUUCACAAUCCGCCGGACUACACGGAUAUCCUGAAGGUGGUUCAGCGCGCCAACGAACGCUACAAACUCAUGCUCACCCGCAAUAAGAUGACACAAAUCGCUCAAGAAGCCUUCAGAGAAACGGGCAACAAACUGCAGGAGAGACGCCAGCUUGACAUGGUCUACAACUUCGGCUCCCACCUCACCGAUUCCUUCAAACCUACGUUAGAUCCUGCACUCACUGAUCCAGCACUAAAUCGCAAACUCCGCUCAAACAGAGACGUGGCUCUCAGCAGCCUGGAGGAGGUGAUCACCAAAUACUCUAAUAAACAGGAAGACAUAGAGGUAGAGGAAAUGAGGAAGAAACAAGAGAGAGACAGGCAGAAAAAAGAGUUUGUGGACCAUUGCUCCAAAUACUCUCAAGACCAUCCCGAGGUCGUGACCUACCUCCAGACCAGAUACUCUAAGGCCCUGCCGACCUUCCUGACGUCGGUGGAGUUUCGUAACACUCUGGGCCGCUGCCUCACACGAGCCCAGGCCAACACUGGCAAAACCUUCGUCUACAUUAAUGAACUCUGCACCGUUCUUAAACAGCACACAGCUCGGAAAAGGAGCUCCCUACAGUCUGUCCCCUCCCAGACAAAACCUGAGCAAAAGAGCAACGGGACAAAUUUAAAGGAGGAGGAGCAAGUUAAAGAAGAAGAGGAAAAGCAAGAGGCUGGUGAGGAAACUAAGAAAACGAAAAGGGCUUCAAGGAGACAGAUCGCAUACCUGGAAAACCUGUUGAAGGUGUAUAAUGAGGAGAUCCGGCGGCUGCAGGAGCGGGAGCUGAGUAUAGACGAUCUGGAGAAGGAGGACUCCAGUUAUAUUCAGGAGCACAAGCUCAAACGCAAGAUGAUGAAGAUCUAUGACAAACUGUGUGAGCUGAAGGGCUGCAACACACUGACGGGUCGAGUGAUCGAGCAGAAGAUUCCCUACAGUGGAACACGCUACCCAGAGAUCAACAAAAAGGUGCUUCUUUUGCUUGUGAAGUCAUGUUCCUCAAGAUUAGUUCUCUAGAUUCUCAUUACUCAG